AAAAACUCAAUUUUAGGGCUUGAUGAUGAGACAUAGUUUUGAGAUACUUGCGAGACAAGUUAUAGCGAUACCUCAACACUCGAUUCCUUAUAGCUUCCAUGUUCUUCCUCGUUUUUGCUCCUCCUCUUCUUCUGCUUCGCCAAGUUCAAAGCUAUUCAUUGGAGGAUUAUCUUACUCCGUUGACGAACAAAAUCUCAAAGACGCUUUCUCUUCCUUCGGGGAGGUCAACGAAGUUAGGAUUGCUUACGACAAGGGAACUGGGAGGUCAAGAGGGUUCGGUUUUGUUGAUUUUGCAGAGAAAGACGAUGCUCUGUCUGCAAAACACGCCAUGGAUGGGAAGGGAUUAUUGGGUCGGCCAUUGAGAAUAAGUUUUGCACUUGAGAGGGUGCGUGGUGGUCCUGUGGUUGUUCAACGUUUUGGGAAACCCAAGAGCGACAGAGAGUAGGUCCUUCAAGUGAUCUCCGCAACAGAGAUCUUUCAUGACUCUUGAACCAAAUGAUUGUUUGUAUAAAAUCAUGGUUGAGUCUUUUGUUUAGUUUUGUGGUGUAACUUCUAACAAUGGAUUAUAUGAUAUCAGAAAUUUUAGUGUGAAAG